GGAAACUGAAAUCAAUCUGUUACUCACACCUGCUGCGGUUCCCUUAACUUGGCUUUCUUCUUCCUCCUCAUCCUCCUCCCACCAGGCAGCGAAGACCUGUGGCAGUCACGUGGGCGUUCUUUACCCUUGCAUAAAUCCAGUGAAGCGUUAGCGUCUUCUUUAGUGUUUCUUCCUGGAAGUUGCUUAUUCUCGAGAAAGGAAAUGUUACUGGGAGCGCAAACCGCUGCCUCCGAGAUGAAUUCCCAGAAGUAGCAGAUGGCUCGUCUCCAGAACUUAGACGGGAAGGCUCUGCGGCUCGCAUGCCUCUUCGCGUUCACCUGCUUUGGCUUGCGGCUCGCGCAGAGCGGGCACGAGCAGGUGCGAGAGUACGGCUUCGAGAUUAACCUGAUUCAUAAUGACUCCAGUGAAAAGAAUCUAACUACAAGCCUUCAGAAUGCGAAGUUAAGUCUGUCGACCAUUGAGUACUGUGCACCAUAUCAAGACUGUCAGGCACGUGUCAGACUCAAAGUUCACCUUUGUAUUAAAGGCAUCGCCAAUGUGCACAAAUUUCUGGCCCAUUUCCUAGAGGUGCAAACCAACAGACAAUGGCUGGAUUGGUGGGGAAGCCUAAUCAACAGUAUGUGGUCUUAUACAGUUCAAACAUAUGACCCUGGCAGAAAGGCGACAAGUCAUCCAGAGAUGAACGAAUCAUUUCACAGUAUGAAAAGACCGAGUGCAUGGGAGCUCAGGCGCGACUGUUUUGUGGCACAUGUACAGAACCAAGGCACCUACAAUUUGGAAAAGCUGGAGGAAGGACCAGUGUUUGGGUAUAUAGUGGACAAGAGCAACAGGACAGUCACGGUCUCUGUAUAUCCAGGCCCGCCUGUCAAGGCCCGUCUUUGCUACAAACAGCGCUUCAUGUGUGAUGAUCUGGAGUCUCCUGCGAUCACUCUGAUCAAUACUUCAUGGGCUGUCACGGCUACUCUUCACUUCAGUUUUGCCCUUCCCUGUCUAUGUGUUGAGGUUUUCUACCUGCAAUCUGAUGCAUUACGCCAGCAAGUGAUGAUCUUCCAAGACUACAUCUUGCCCUCUGGACAUGACUUCAUGCACUCCAGCACUUUUAAGGUUAGCCAUCACUCAGAAGAUGAAAUGAGCCUCACCAUUUACUCCAAGUGCUCACUGAAUCCUUCUGUCUCCCUAUGCUGGAGGGAAGACAGAUCUGUUGGAAUUCUUUGUCAAGAGUUUGCCCACUCCACCUUGGCUGGCUCAGACGACUCGGUCUACAGGGUAACUGGAAUUGACAAACACCCUCAAAUGUGCUUUAAGGUGUCCUUUGCUGGAAGUGACCGUAUUGAGUGCCCACAUAAUAUAGAGCCAGUAUGGAAUGUGGAAGUCACCACAGAGUACCUGCUCUUCCAUCUUUAUAUUGACACCAGCAUCCUUGCGUCAUUUAACGCAGUGCUAUGCAGCAGACAGCUCAGUAAUGACAGCUGUGAGCCAGUGGUGCCAGUGCAUACCAUCACAAAGUCACUUACAUCUGAAAACAAGACACUUCAUAUGGUCCUGAAUGCUCCAGUUCAAGGGUUAUGUGUGCAGAUUUGGCGGUCAGAUGUUCCAUUUGCUGGAAACAGAACAAUAUGUCCUGAUUGUACAAAAGGGAGAUUAGGCCUCAUAGCCUCCUUGUUGAUGAUUGGGGUCAUCAUGAUACUGAUCGGCUUCUUGUUCAGCUAUGCAUGGAUACAGAGCUACCUCUCGGCCACAAACUGGACGGACAUCCCUUUGCUACUGGUUUAUUCAGCCGACUCUGAAGAAUAUGUGUCACUGAUCUGCACUUUGGCCUCUCUCCUGCGAGAACAGUUCUGUUGUCAAGUGCGGUUGGACUGUUGGGAUCAUGCAGGCUUGGCUCAGCUUGGACCAUUACCGUGGCUGUACAGGCAGCAGCAAGUAAUCAAGAAUCAACAUGGUCGCAUUUUGCUAGUCUGGAGCCAGGGAAGCCAGACCUUGUAUGAAAACUGGAAGAAAAGUUCAAGAUAUUUAGAGUGGCCAGUAGCCGGUUUGGACACUGGGGUUAUUUUUCAGGCAGCUCUAGCUUGCAUCCAUAGUGACUUGCAAAAGGGAGCAGGAACAGAAUAUUCUCUGCUUUAUUUUUCUAGGCUAUAUAAUAAAUAUUCUCUCCCAGAGGUCUUCAAACAAAUUCCACAGUAUAAUCUCUCUGAGCAACUUGGUGAACUGCUAAUGGACAUCCAAGGAAGAGCAUUUUCUAAAAACAGUUGCCUGAAAAUAACCGCUGGAAUACUCACGUAUAGAGUUGCACAUUCUGAUAUUGGCCAGAAACUGAAGGAAAGGACAGAAUUGUGCUCGGCCUUACUGGAUGGAAAAAAGGUUAAGGAAACCAAAGGAGUGCCGGAAUGUAACCAAUCAGAUCGUCCUUUGAUCAGCAGCAGCAAAAAAGAAAUCAUGGACAAAAUGACAGUAAUAUAGUACUGAUUUACAACUAAAGCGGAGAUUAUAUUCUGGGCAUAUCUAUCCUGCAAGUGAACAUUUAAACAGAAGCCUCAGAAAUUUUGACAUACUCAUUUUUUUAAAGGAAUGCAAUGUGACAGGAUAAGUGAAUCAGGAAAUCUAACGUCUUGGCAGUACAUCUUACAAUAAUGCAGGAUAUCUGUGGUGAACUGAAUAACUUGUAAGCUGGUUAAGCAGUGAUGUCUCAGUACAUGCAUUUAAAUGAUUAGGCUCAGAUUAGUAUAAUUUGCCAUCUACUGUAAGUUUACAAGAUAAUAUGGCUACUGUUUUUCAGGAUGGGGCAGUGGUGAGCACUGCUUCCUCACACCUCUAGAGCUACAGAUUCAAUUCUUAUCCUGUGCACUGCCUGCGUGGCAUUUGCACAUUUUCCCAAUAUCUUUGGGUUUUCGUUUCACAUCCUGAUGAAGUGCAGCUUAGCUUAACUAGCCCAGUAUGAGUGUGCGUCGUAUGUGAUGGACUGGGCCCUGUCUAGGACUGCUGCUCGGAUAGGCACCAGCACCACACAACCAUGCUUUGGCUGGUAUUUCUAGGAGUGGAGUCCUCUGGAAUCCAAAUAAACACAAGGGUUGGAACAGAUUUUUAUUUACAUGUGCCAAAAAAAUAUUUAUAUAAUGUCUACAAGCAGAGCUUGUAUUGUUAUUUCACUAUUGUACAUCAGGGCUAAACUAAGAUGAUAUUUAUUAUUUUAUAUGUGACUUUUUUCUUUUAUUUCUAAUAUAUUAAAUUUUAGAAGUGGAAGAUUGUACAAA